AUGGAUUCUUGGAGCAGCCAAACCGCCUCUCCCGACAUCAAGUUCGAGAACUCGCCAGCCGAGUCCUUCCUGUCGGCUCCCGGCGACAUGUACCCAUCCCUUUUCGGCACGCCCGCGUCUACCACAAUGAAUCCCUUGGAGAUCAUGACACCCCAGUCAUUCCCCGAGGACAAGACAUCCGAUGUGGCCGGUCUGACCAUGUCCGCCGCCUCAACCCCAGCUCCUGAAGAUGCACCAACCGGUGACAAGAAGCAGAGCAAGAAGCGCAAGUCGUGGGGUCAAGUCCUUCCAGAGCCCAAGACCAACCUGCCUCCGAGGAAGCGAGCCAAGACGGACGACGAGAAGGAGCAGCGCCGAGUCGAGCGCGUCCUCCGCAACCGUCGCGCUGCCCAGUCUUCCCGAGAGCGAAAGCGCCUUGAGGUCGAGGCGCUGGAGAAGCGAAACAAGGAGCUAGAGACUGCUCUUUUGCACGCUCAAAAGACAAACCUGAUGUUGGCCGAACAGUUGAAUAAGUUUCGACGAGACUCCGGAGUGGCUUCCUCAGCCUUUGACUCCUUCCGGCCCAACCCAAUCACAUUCUCACAGGAACUGUUUGGCUCACAAGAUGGCCACGGCUCCGCAGCGGACCAGAACAAGCCGUCCCUGAUGGACGAGCUUCUGAUGUCCGCCCAGUCAAACAACACAGUCAACCCCGCCUCUCUCUCCCCGGCCCUCAGCCCUGUCCCUGAGGAGGAGACUGGUGAGGACUUGGAAGAUGACGAGCCAGCGACGACAGCGACGCCUGCCGCCGAGGCUGCUGCGAUUGAGAACAUUUCCCCCGACGUGACACAACAUCCUGCUGAGGUGUUGUGCUCUGGCCUGCAGUCUCCAAUUGCUGCUGACUUCCACCUCAACGAUCCUUUCAGUCUGUCAGCGGCCAUUGACGCAGAUAGCUAUGUCCUUGAAAGCGGGCUUCUCUCUUCCCCCAACUCGUCCGAUUUUGAAUACGAUCAUCUGGCUGGUGACGCAGCCUUCCCCUUCCCGCCUACGGCGGCAACGAACAACAACUUCGACCUCUUCGACAUCAAUGAAUUCCUCAACAACGACGAAGCGACAACCGCACCAGUCUCAUCUGGCAGCGGCCUCGCAGCCAACAACCAGCCCUCUCCGGUCCACGAAUCUGAGGCUCAAAUCACUCCGGAAGAUCUUAACCUGCAGCCCCGUCUUGGCGCGUCCGCUUAUGGAUGCGACGAUGGAGGUAUUGCGGUUGGUGUCAUCUGA